ACACUCACAGCGCUUAGUAGUAGUAAAAGCUUAGAAAAAUUAACCAAAAAGUAAAAAAGAAAAAAAAAUAUUGAAAAGUGUUCCACUGUAGUUGGCCGCCAUACACCUUCACACAUUCCAAGGCUGCGUUGUAGCAUCAGUGUAAUUAGCUAACGUGCCGUAAACAUCAUCCACCCCAACAGUCAUCAGCACUAAUCACUUGUUUCAUCACCAUCCAUAUCAAAUUUAAACAGUCAAAGUGAUUCUCCUAAAGCAAUACAUCGAAGACCUCCGCAAGAUUAUUGAGGAGAAGAUGUCGAUCAAUCCAAACGGGUAUAAAUUGUCCGAUAAAACGGCUCGUCUAACGGCAUAUGAUCUUUUGCCAACAACAGUUAGCGCCACUGCUGAAACCCGCGAGUUCCUGCAGAAGGUCAUCGAUGUGCUAUUGGACUUUGUCAAAGCGACCAAUGAUCGCAAUGAGAAAAUCUUGGAAUUCCAUCAUCCAGAGGAAAUGAAGACGAUACUAAACUUGGACAUACCCGAUCGAGCUGUGACCUUACAGCAGCUCAUUGAAGAUUGUGCCACAACACUGAAAUAUCAAGUGAAGACUGGGCAUCCACACUUCUUCAAUCAGCUGUCAUGCGGACUGGACAUCGUCUCGAUGGCUGGCGAGUGGUUGACUGCAACUGCCAAUACCAACAUGUUCACAUAUGAGAUUGCGCCCGUCUUCAUUUUAAUGGAGAAUGUGGUACUGUCGAAGAUGCGUCAAAUCAUUGGCUGGGAAGGUGGUGACUCCAUAUUGGCACCAGGCGGUUCGAUCUCCAAUUUGUAUGCAUUCCUUGCGGCACGUCACAAAAUGUUCCCCAACUACAAGGAACACGGUGCUGCCGGUCUGCCCGGCCAACUGGUCAUGUUCACCUCUGAUCAAUGUCACUAUUCGGUGAAGUCCUGCGCUGCUGUUUGUGGUCUGGGUACAGAUCACUGUGUUAUGGUGCCAUCUGAUGAGCAUGGCAAGAUGAUCAUUUCGGAGUUGGAGCGUUUGAUAUUGGAACGAAAGGCCAAGGGUCACAUUCCAUUCUUCGUCAAUGCAACCGCUGGUACUACGGUGUUGGGUGCCUUCGACAACAUCAAUCAGAUAGCCGAUAUUUGCCAGAAGUACAAGUGUUGGUUGCACAUAGAUGCUGCUUGGGGUGGUGGUCUGCUUUUGUCACGGAAAUAUCGUCAUCCCCGUCUCUCGGGCAUUGAACGAGCCGAUUCGGUCACCUGGAAUCCACAUAAAUUGAUGGGCGCCUUGUUGCAGUGCUCCACCAUACAUUUCAAGGAGGAUGGUCUAUUGAUUAGCUGUAAUCAAAUGUCAGCCGAAUAUCUAUUCAUGACGGACAAACAGUACGACAUCAGCUAUGACACCGGCGACAAGGUCAUUCAGUGCGGCCGACACAACGACAUCUUCAAAUUGUGGCUGCAGUGGCGUUCCAAGGGCAAUGAGGGUUUCGAACGUCAGCAGGAUCGUUUAAUGCAGCUCGCUGAAUACCAAGUGAAGCGUAUACGGGAGCAAUCAGACCGUUUCCAUCUGAUACUCGAGCCCGAGUUGGUCAAUGUUUCCUUCUGGUACAUACCAAAGCGUUUAAGAGGUGUGGCACAUGAUAAGAGAAAGGAAGCUGAAUUGGCCAAGAUCUGCCCCAUCAUCAAAGGCCGCAUGAUGCAGAAAGGUUCGCUGAUGGUCGGCUACCAGCCAGACGAUCGACGACCAAAUUUCUUCCGCUCGAUAAUCUCAUCGGCCGCUGUGACCGAACAGGAUGUCGACUUUAUGCUAGACGAAAUACAUCGAUUGGGUGACGAUUUGUAAACGAAUGAUGGAACUGAAAACGCUGAGUUAUCUUAAAUAAAGGACUGUGCAAUUACAGUUACAUAUGUACAGUUAAGUAGGCCAAUGGCGCAACUUGCAGUUCUAAAGACACUCAGGGCUGUAGGCAGUGCACACUAGGAGGCGACAUAGUUCAAUUAACGAAAAUUAGGAAAAAUACAACAAAAAAACAACAAAAACAAUAACUGAUUAUAAAAUAAAAUCAAGAAAAUGCCAAAAAAAAACUUUAAAAAAAUAUUAUUUAGCCAAAUCUAUAUCGACCAAGAACUAUCUUUAAGGUAAAAGCAUAUCAAAGCAAAAACCAAAACAAAUAAUGUUGUUCGCGCCUGCGCAGCGCAUACAUACUCAUAUUAUACAUUUAUUGUAUGUAUGUAUGUGUAAUUCAUGCAUUCAUGCUACAUACUCGUAUAUAUACUUAUAUACAUACAUACAUACAUACACACWUACAUAUUUACAUAUUAAUGCGCGCUGUAAACAUUGUUAAGUAUUAAUCAGAUCAUUUUAAUUAACUGUUUUCAAUUGUUGUUGUUACUGUAUGCCUGAGACUUUAAUCACUGUUUUGUUUGUGUGCUAAACACAUACAUACUUUACACAUAAUACAUAUUUCUAUAUAUAUAAGUACAUAUAUCUAAUAUUAUACAUUACUAAUUGCUAUAUACAUAUUUACAACAACAAAAACUAAACAAAUAUGUAUGUAUGCYGAAUAUUAGCCAAAAGUGCUAAAGCGAAGCUAAAAUUUGUGGAGUGAAGCUGAAUCCCCGACCUCGUUGUCAAUUACAUCUAGUCUAACGGUAUAUACAACUUACACUGUAUGCGCUUACACAUGCGCAGAUGCCAGUAUAUACAUGUAUGUAAAUAAAUAUAUAUAUAUAUAUAUUUAGGAAUAUAUAAGCAUGCAUUUACUUGCAUUUGCCUGUGUGAGUGCUGCGAGUGAAAUAAACCGUAGCAAAUUAGCAAAUUAUUUAAUUAAAUUAAAUCAUUAAAGAUGUUUGUAUGUAAUUAUAUUUCAUU